AUAAUUCUUACUUCCAUUUUCGACGCAAUACGAGAAGCACGUGUGUAUGGUAUUCGGUUAUCUUGGUUUUGUAAUAAAAGAUUUAAAAUUUAGAAGUAGAAAACACUACUUUUGAGAUAAGAGUGCAUUAAUAUUGCUUCUAUAGAUAAAUAGAACUAUUAUAGCCAUGGAGAAUGGUCAAGAAAAACCAAAUGAUAACUCAAAUGGCGAUAUUGUUGACGAAGGUAAGAACAUUGAGCCGACUACUAACAACUCAACUAAAGAAAUCACGGAAGAGCCAACAGAAAACCUAGUAGAACAGUUGAAACAACCGUUAGAAGAAGCGUCAGAGGAGCUGUUGGAAAAGAUCAGAGAUCAAAUAGAGUAUUACUUUGGUGAUCUCAAUAUGCAGAAAGAUAAAUUUCUUAUUUCGCAAUCAAAGUUGAAUGAUGGUUGGAUUCCAAUGACCGUUAUGUUAAACUUCAAACAACUAGCUGCUCUCAGCAAAAAUAGUGAUGUAAUUCUGAAAGCUCUGGAGUCAAGUGAUUUAAUAGAGAUUUCAGAAGAUAAGAAAAGUAUUAGACGCUCACCAAAAUAUCCAUUACCAGAAUAUGAUGAAGAGUAUAAAAAAGCUCAAGAAGCCAGAACAGUUUAUGUCAAGGGAUUUCCAUUGACUGGUAUGACUAUGGAUAAGUUGAAAGAAUUUAUUAAGCCAUACAAACCAUUUGAAGGAAUUAUUAUGAGAAAAUACCUAGACAACAAAGAUAAAGUUCUUAAGUUCAAGGGUUCUAUUUAUGUUCUGUUUAAAACAGUAGAUGAUGCAAAAGCUUUCAUGGAGAUAGAGUCUAUAAAAUAUGAAGAUACAGAGCUAAUAAGAAAGUGGUCUGCUGAUUAUUCUAUAGAAAAAAAAGCUGAAAAGGGUGAACAAAGAAAAAAGAAAGAUAAGUUGAAAAAUAAAGUAACUCGAGAUGAAGAAGAAACAGAUCAAACAUCUGAAGAAGCAAACAGCUACAAAUUACCAAAAGGUUCAGUUAUCUAUUUUUCUGGUGUUCCUAAUACAUGUACAAGGGAAAAUAUUAAAGCGUGCUUAGACCAAUAUGAUGCUGAUAUUGCUUACAUUGAUUUUCAAAGAGGACUUACAGAAGGAUGGGUCCGUCUGCAGGGUGAAAAUGCAGCCAAACCUUUAAUAGAAAAGACAAAUGGAGGCAAGCUUUUGAUUGGCGAUACUGAAGUUACUUGUAAGAUUCUGGAUGGCGAAGAAGAAAAUAAGUAUCUUACUAAAGUGGCGGAAGAAAUAGCAGCUUCUAAGAAUAAAUUUAAAUCGAAACGGGGCGGUAAAAAAGGGCGUAAAGGACAAGGUGCAAAAAAGAGAAGCGGUAGUCCCAUUAAUACAGUUCCAGCUAAAAAAACCGGAUAAGAUCGAUUCACUGUGGAAACUGUGAAGUUAUUUGUCAUCAUGUUUUGUUUUUGUAUUGAUAACUUACACAAGAGAGAGAAUGGAAGAGUUAUUCUUGAUUACAACUAAUUCAUUGCGUCAAAGACCAAUAUUUAGAGAUAUGAGUUGUAUUUUAUUUUUAUUAUUUCAUAUCGAUUGAUGUAUUUUACAUCAUCUUGAUGUAUAAUAUUUACUACGUGCACUUUGUGGAUAAAAAUUUAGUAAACCAAGUUUAGUGAACUUGAUAAAAGUUCGCACAUAUGAACGUGUCAAAAUAUAAUUAUAUUUUGGAAAAUAUAAUUUCGCUUACAUUUGCUACCCUUGACUAAUUAUAGUUAACAAUUACGCUGCUUUGGUCAUAUAAUCUGUAAUUGAUAUGAUAUGAUUUUGAUUUAUUGUAUGAAAGUUAUGUAAGAAUCACUCUGUUCAGAAGUUUACUUAUAAUUUGAUAUACCUAUAUAAUUUCACUAUAUAAAUUUGAUACAAUAUAAUUGAUAAAUGAAAAUCACAUAUAUUUUUACAAAUUGGCAUUUUAUUUUGUUGUACAGUGAAAUUUACAAAUUGGUUUCUAACAUGUAUUUGGAUUUCACUGCUAUCUUAUGUGUGUAUCGAUACUAUCUUCACGCAAGUAUCACAACGUGUUGUCAAAAAUCAUACUGUGUGUGUUUUUUCGCGGACAAAAUUUGGAAAAAUUAAAUAAAUUUGUGUGUGUGUGUGUGUGUGUGUGCGUGUGCGUGUGUGUGCGCGCGCGCGCGUGUGUGUGUGUGACGUAUGUACGUAUAUUUAAGAUUAUCAAUAACAUACGAUUUUACGUGACACCGAGUCCGUGUAUAUUACGCUACAUAGUUGAUUACAGUUUUAUAUUGAACGUAUUAAUACGAAUUUAUAAUUUUUAUGCGUCCGAAGAAUCUCGUACAUAUUUGAUUAAAUAAAUCUUAUUAAUUUA